AUGUCUAGUGGCAGUAAUUAAAAAAAAGUAGGUAAUUAUUAAUGGUCUGAGUAAGACUUUUUAGGCAAAGGGGCUUUUGGUUCAGUCUUCAAAGGAAAAAAUAUUGAAACAGGAGAAUAAGUUGCAGUAAAAGUGCUUUAAAUGCAACAUUUCAAAAAUGAAUAAGCAAAAAUUUAGCUUGAUGAAGAAAUAAAUGUCAUGAAAAAACUUGAUUCACCCUACAUAGUGAAAUUAUUAGGAUUGCAAGAAGAAAAUGAGUAGACAGUUAUUAUUUUGGAGCUAUGCCCUGAAGGGGAUUUGAAUAAUUUAUUAAAAAGCAAAGGCGGAUCACUAAAUGAAUAAGAAGCAAUCAAUAUAUUGUGCCAAUUACUUCUUGGAUUUAAAAAAAUGGUUGAGUAAGGUUAUAUUCAUAGAGAUAUAAAACCAGCAAAUAUUUUAAUAAAAGACGGAUUUUAUAAAGUUAGUGACUUUGGAUUUGCUACUGGAGUUGAUAUUAAAUCCUAAUAACUUUUAAAAGAAUGUGUAGGAACACCUUUGUUUAUGGCACCUUAGCUUUUAAGAAGUAAAGAGUAUUCUUCAAAGUCAGAUAUAUGGUCAAUUGGGAUGAUGUAUUAUUUAAUGCUAUUUGGUAAAACACCAUGGCCUGCUAGAGACUUGAACUCAUUCAUUACUAAUAUAGAAUUACUUCCAUUAAGAUUCCCUUACGAUAAGCCAAUAUCUUAGGAAAGCAAAGAUUUCUUAAGUUAAUGUUUACAAGUAGAAGAGGAAAGUAGAAUAGACUGGAGUAAACUAUUUGAGCAUCCUUUAACAAAAAAAGCUUUAGGGCCAGCUUAAGAUCCUAAUAUCAGAUUGGACGAAAGAGCUAAACGAAUUAUUAGAGAUAUCUAAGAGCUUGUUUAAAUUAAAAAUCUUGACAUUAAACAGUAAUUUGGAGAGUUUGCAAAAAAUAAAAAAUCUCUCAACCUAGAUGAAUUUCACUCCCUUAUAUGUAAAAUAGAUUAAAGAUUAACCUCGGUCGAUACAGAUUAUUUGUUCAAAUAAAUUGAUGAAAAUGGUGACGGUUCUUUGAGUAUUCAUGAAUUUACUAAAUUUUUCCUUGAAUACGAUUUUUCUGAUCUAACUGACAAGGCUGCACAUAUAAUAACUGAUCUAAAGGAAAUCAUUAAGGCUAAUAAAAUGAAUUUAUUUGAAAUAUUUGAAAAAUAUGAUGAAAAUAAAGGUGGGACACUAGAUUUGCAAGAGUUUACAAAAAUGCUUAAAUAAGUAGCAAACGGAUUAAAAGAUUAUGAGAUUCUAGUAAUAUUCAGGAAGUUUGACAGCAAUAAUGACUAAAAUAUUGAUUUUUAAGAGUUUGUAAAAGUAAUGACAUAUGGUUUAUAGAGUGAUGUGGGAUAAUUUGAUUUUUCAGGUGAAAAGGCUUUAAGGGUUAUUACUGAAUUGAAAAGAGUUAUAAUAGAAAAUAAUUUAAACGAAUAAAACAUUUUUCAAAAAUUUGAUGUGGAUUUCGAUAAGCAUUUAAAUAGAAGAGAGUUUAGAGAUUUAAUUAGAAUUAUAGAUCAUCGUCUUACAAACCAAGAAAUUCAUUUUAUAUUUGAUAUUUUUGAUAUGGAUUCCAAAAAUUUGGUAAGCUUAGAAAAUUUCGUUUAAACCCUAAAAGAAAAAUCAUUUAAAUUAAGAAAAAAUUGA